AAAAAAAAAAAAAACAUAUAAUAAGCAUUUGCCUAAAUGGCAUUGAAUGUUAGAAAUGAAUAUUUUAACAUGUAAACAUUUCAUUGCUAUUAGAAGUGAUCCUACCACACUGCUGCACAUCUUAUACCACCCACCCUGACCUGCAGUUAUGGAUUCCCUGGAUUUCCAUGAAAACAUUGAGAAAACAGGGACUGGUCUGGCUUGCGGACACUACUUAGCAUGUGUUGUUAGUUUCACAUUACAUACCAGUAUCACAGAAGUGGGCUAUCUGAAUUAUCAAGCUGAGAUCAAAGGGAGAAAACCUUGAACACUUCAUAUGGCUUAAGGCCAUCUCUACAUUGCCACACCUUUCAUAAUUUCUUCUCAGAUAAGCAUUACCCUCCCACACACAAUCACUGUAAAAAUUUAUGUCUCGUAAUAUGAAGCAUUAUUGGAAUAGAUGAGACAAAUAGGCCUAUAAAUGCAAUAUGUAUCUUUAGAGGUCCCAUCCUGAGCUGAUCUUCUCAUCGGCUCUUGGUACCUUGUUUCCCUCACUAUGUAUUCACUGCACUAGAAAAGUCCCUAGAUAGACUGAGCUAGGCAUCCCUAAGAGCUUACCACCAAAUAAAUGAUUAUAUCCAUAGGUUUCCUCCCCUAACCCAGCUUAUAAAUCACAUAUAAAUCAUUAGUAACUCUGCCCUAACUCACUUUAUCACAGUUACAAGAGAAGGUAAUGAGAAAGGCCUUAACUAGGGGAACAAAAACAAAGGCAAUCCAGGCCAAGUUGGGCUGAUUGCAGACAUCUGUUCCUUAGGCUUGGGUACACCCAACAACUCACCAUGCCUUUUCCCAGCCUCCUCUUUAAUUUCCUCCCCCAAAUCCAACAGGUCAAAUUAGUUCAUGGUGCUUCAAAAUAAACAAUCAUCAACAAAAAACAUGCAAUAUGUCCUACAAUGUUAGAGUCCUUAAAAAAAAAGGCAAGAAAAAGUGUAGAAAAACCAGAGCACUUAAAAGAAAUCUAUAUUCUACAAAUAUACUAAUGAAUGACACAAAUGAGGUAAUAUGACAUAAAACAAAAUGAGAAAGAUAUAUUUAAGAUUAUCCUCUUGAAUAUACAGAAUUCAUGGCACUUUCUGGACUAUCUAGCUAUAUUUAAAAAAUAUUAAAUUAUCUGUUCUGUUCAUAUAAAAUAAAGUCAACAUGUGUCUUGUUGUUUCUCAUAGAAACUAAAAAAUCCACGAGACAAUCCCUCGAGCUCUUCCUUUCUGACUUGGGCCUGGCAGAAUGGCUCCCGCAAAGAAGGGUGGCGAGAAGAAGGGCCGUUCUGCUAUCAGCGAAGUGGUGAUCCGAGAAUACACCAUUGACAUUCACAAGUGCAUCCGUGGAGUGGGCUUCAAGAAGUGUGCCCCUCAGGCACUCAAACAGAUCCGGAAAUUUGCCAUGAAGGAGAUGGGAAUUCCAGAUGUGCGCAUCGAUACCAGGCUCAACAAAGCUGUCUGGGCCAAAGGAAUAAGGAAUGUCCCACACCGGAUCCGUGUGCAGUUGUCCAGAAAACGUAAUGAGGAUGAAGAUUCACCAAACAAGCUCUAUACUUUGGUUACCUAUGUACACCCACUGCGCCUGGCCCCCGUUAUCACUUUUAAAAAUCUACAGACAGUCAACGUGGAUGAGAACUAACCACUGAUUGUCAAAUAUAUCAAAUAAAGUUAACAAACCAAAAAAAAAAAAAUCCACAUGAAUCUCUUUUUUCCUAUACCACCACCCUGCCUGUUCCCUAUUAUCUAUUAAUAUCUUCUUCUUUCUCUUAACCAUUCUCCUCUUCAUUUUGCCUGACCUUGCACCCAAGCAUGGCAGACAGAGAAUCCUAGAGGUCCAAGAUUCUAUAGUGGCUGUUUGCUAGGGUGAGGAGGCCACAGUAACUGCCACAAUGGAGUCUAUAAUGUGGGAAAGGAGAAAAAUAUUCUGAAUGCCUCUCACAUAUGAAAGAGAAGGAUGGCAGGAUGUCUGCAUGGCCCAAGGAACCAGAGGUAGUAAAUUAUGGGCAAAAGAACUGCACCCAGAGGCUGAAAGAUGGAAAUUUGACAGUCAGCUGUGUCUUCUAUCUCUCUGGUGUUUGCUUCUAAUGGGCAGAGUCCAUUUUUUGAAUAUGAUGGCACUGAAAAGAAGACCCCUGCUCUGGAAUUUGACAGGAAGUAACAUCCACAAAUGUAAGAAAGCAAUGCUCAUCCCAGAAAUACCUAGAAUCAAGGGGGGAAAAGGGAGAGCAGAAGAGAGAUGCAAGUUCAAACUGGCCCAGGCCACCCCACCCCAGGAAGGUGGGAUUCAAGAAGAACCUAAAGAGAAGAGCCUUGGACCACAUCAUUUUCUACAAUGUGCACUCAAUGAACGUUACCCUACUCUUCAACCAAAUUACAAAAAGAGCUCUUUAAUCCCUUCCUUUGGUCCUUAAAAGCUGCAGUAAGUUCACUGAUCAGAUCCAGUGAAAUCAUUUCAGAACAACAGUUAUUCAACCUAGUUGUCCCUUUCCUUCCUACCCAAGAAUAUCAAUUAACUGUAUAUAUAAUAUCUAAUUAUAAAUGUAUAAUAUAGAUUAUAGUAGGAAACAUAAUGUACUAAAUAUAAAUGACGAUUAGUUAAUUAUAUGAAUGAACAUCUAUGAGGAAUAUUGAGAUGACCUCCCUAACAUAAGAGCCUGGGAAGGUGGGACUAUCAUGUCUGU